AUUCGCUUAUUUACCUCUGAGAAGGAGAGAGUGCUAGCAGCGAAGGGGAAAAAGAGAAAGUGUGUGUGCCCAAGAGAGGAGAGGUGUUCGUGUAAAAACUUCACGCCAGGGGAGGCAGUCACCAUCCAGGAUGGCAACCAUCACCUGCAACCGGUUCACAGAAGAAUAUCAGCUCUUUGAAGAGCUGGGGAAAGGUGCAUUUUCAAUAGUCAGGAGGUGUGUGAAGGUGUUGUCAGGACAAGAAUAUGCUGCCAAGAUCAUAAACACCAAGAAACUCUCAGCUCGUGAUCAUCAGAAGCUGGAACGAGAGGCUCGGAUCUGCCGUCUCCUGAAGCAUCCUAACAUAGUGAGACUCCAUGACAGCAUAUCAGAGGAGGCACACCACUAUCUGAUAUUUGACCUGGUGACGGGUGGAGAACUGUUUGAGGACAUCGUUGCUAGAGAAUACUAUAGUGAAGCAGAUGCCAGCCACUGCAUUCAGCAGAUCCUGGAAGCUGUCUUACAUUGCCACCAGAUGGGUGUGGUACACCGGGAUUUAAAGCCAGAGAACCUCCUGCUGGCAUCGAAACUGAAGGGAGCUGCUGUUAAAUUGGCUGACUUUGGCCUUGCCAUUGAAGUGGAAGGGGAGCAGCAGGCUUGGUUUGGUUUUGCAGGUACUCCAGGCUAUCUUUCCCCUGAAGUGCUCCGAAAGGAUCCCUAUGGCAAAGCUGUGGACUUGUGGGCAUGUGGAGUUAUUCUCUAUAUUCUGCUGGUUGGCUAUCCUCCUUUCUGGGAUGAGGAUCAACAUCGACUAUACCAGCAGAUCAAAGCUGGAGCCUAUGAUUUUCCUUCUCCUGAGUGGGAUACUGUCACUCCUGAAGCAAAAGAUCUCAUCAAUAAAAUGUUGACAAUAAACCCAUCCAAACGUAUCACAGCAGCAGAAGCUCUGAAGCACCCAUGGAUAUCACAUCGUUCCACCGUGGCUUCUUGCAUGCACAGGCAGGAGACUGUGGACUGCUUGAAGAAGUUCAAUGCCAGAAGGAAGCUAAAGGGUGCAAUUCUCACUACGAUGCUAGCAACCCGGAAUUUUUCUGGAGGGAAAAGUGGUGGCAACAAGAAGAAUGAUGGCGUGAAGAAAAGAAAGUCCAGUUCCAGCGUUCAGUUAAUGGAAUCUUCAGAGAGUACAAACACCACCAUCGAAGAUGAAGACACCAAAGUACGAAAACAGGAAAUCAUUAAAGUGACGGAACAGCUGAUUGAAGCAAUAAGCAACGGGGACUUUGAGUCCUACACGAAAAUGUGUGACCCUGGGAUGACCGCUUUUGAACCAGAAGCUCUAGGGAACCUGGUGGAAGGGCUGGAUUUCCAUCGAUUCUACUUUGAAAACUUAUGGUCCAGAAACAGCAAGCCAGUGCACACUACUAUCCUGAACCCACAUAUCCACUUAAUGGGAGAUGAAUCUGCUUGCAUUGCUUACAUCCGCAUCACACAGUAUGUUGACACAAGUGGGAUCCCUCGCACUGCACAGUCUGAGGAAACCCGAAUCUGGCACCGUCGGGAUGGCAAAUGGCAAAUCGUUCACUUCCACAGAUCUGGAGCACCUUCUGUUUUACCACAGCAGGAACAUUCAAACACAGAAGCCCCCACCCGCACUCUGGAAUGAUACAGUCCAGCAUCAGAUACUUCACAUUUAUGUCUGAUCAUCUGUUUCUGAUCUGAAGCAUCAGCCACUCAGGCCAGGUUUCCCACUGCCUCACUGGAAAGGGAAGAUCCCUGCUAUCCUUUACUUAGGGAACUUGGCUGCUGCUGACUCUACUCCUUGGUUCUUGCUGGAAUUCCUUUAACACACAGAGCUCCUCACCAAAAUAAACCAAGAAUUUAAUAGA